AUGGUGCCUAAGAGCGACCUUGAGGUUCCAGUCCCCGCAGUUUACAGAGGUCUGGUCAUCGGCAAAGGUGGUGAGACUCUCAAUCGGCUGCAGGACGAGUUCCAUGUUCGAGUCAUUGUCCCGAAAGAUGACCCCUCGCGUCCGGUGCGAGUCAAAGGUCCCAUGAGCAAGUGCCAGGCAUGCGCCGACGAGAUCCAGAAGAUCAUUCAGACGCAUGGUCGAGCUCCCAAAAGAGCUCAAACAAAGAAGCCCACCCAUUGCAGUCAUACUCCGUACCCACCACAGUGCCCCCUUUGCAAGACCAUGAUGAACUCCAUGCGCGAGGCCUUAUUGCACCUUCAAAGCUCCAAGCACCUGACAGCCGUUCUCGAUGCAUGCUCCGACGUCUCCUGGCGGAUGUCGGAGGGCAAGAGUUUGGAUCUGCAGGAAGUGCAGGCCUUGUUGAAGGUACCGGGGUACCGGGAUCUCCAUGAAGCGCACGGAUUCAAGCCUGAAGACCUUCGCGCAGCCGCAGCUGUGGAGCAGCAGAGAUUGUCAAGAGUGCAGGAGAUACAUGAAGACUCGUUGCGUCUGAGCGCGGAUCCGGCAUGGCUGAAGGUCGAGGGCCGCAUGGUGGUGGAGUGGAAUGACACACCUCGGGGAGCAGCGGUUCCCCUAACAUGCGCUCCAGACUUGGUGGACAUGAUGGAGCGCUGCUGCUCGCGGAACCCUCCAGUGGCAAGGGUCCCAACGGUGCUCCCGGCUCCUCUCCCGCGGAGAAACUACAAGCAAAAGAGUAAGGAUAUGCUGAUAGGUUCUCACAAGUAUCCUUGCGAUCCUGGAAGUGGUCGUCUGGGCAUUGCCAUCAUGCGGAAGUUUGGUGUGCCGGAGUGCGACAUUGUGUGUGGCACGUCCUUCAUCAAAGCCCUCGCUGGUGAUUCAAACAGAGUCAGGGAUACAUACUACUUGCAAAAAUUCCGGAACACGGUUUGUGUUCUGAACGUUCCCAAGCAUUUUCACAACCGAGAUGAUGCAGGACAUGCAGUAGAGCGCUUACUCUGUGGCGAAGCAGCUGCCUGCCAGUUUGCAGCUACGAAGCUGCGGAUAGACGACACAAGCUUCUUUGUUACUUCAGAGGUGGAUGCAGUGGACGAAUCUGGGGAGUUGCUGGAGAUCAAGAGUUCCAAGCACGGGAAUGCCAUUUCCAAAGAGGGAGUCUUACAGACCCUUGUGAAUGGGUCGGAAGCAUUUCUUUGCUGCAGCCUGGAUGAGGGGCAAACGAAGCUUCUUGAUGCGUGGCGAGUUUCUGCAAAGCGAGCUCAGCAGGAACAUCAGCAAAGCUUGAUCUACUAUGGGCAGCGCGUCAGGUUCAUGCUGGCAAAGGUGCUGAAGCACUUCUCGGAGAAUCAAAGCACAGCGACGGUGUGGAAACUGACAUUUGAUGAUUGCAAGAUACCUGUCUUUGACCCGUCAGAGGCUGUGCAAGUCUUGCCGCUGGGGCUGGAUUUGUAG